GUCUGAGGUUAUCCUCCAUCAAGAGUGAUUAUCUGACUAUUUGUAAUCUGAUGUGGAAUAAUAUGGUAACGUGAUAUUAUAAGUAUAUGUUGGAAUAGUUGUGACAGUUGGAAUAUCGUCGAUUAGAGAUCAAGUUGGAAAAUGACCAUCAUUGAUUAUGUACAAACGUUAUCGGACAAUCCUUAUUUCGGAGCUGGUUUUGGGCUCUUUGGGCUCGGCGCCGGCGCCGCAAUGCUUAGAAGAGGGAUGCAAGUAGGGUUGAUCCUUUUCAGGCGGCAUUAUAUGAUCACGCUGGAAGUUCCCUGUCGUGACAAAAGCUAUCAAUGGCUUCUGCAAUGGAUCACCCACAAAGGUGCUAAAAAAACUCAACAUCUUUCUGUUGAGACACAUUUCGAAAUGAAAGACACAGGCCACAUCAAGACUAAAUAUGAUUUCAUACCAAGCAUUGGUACACAUUUCUUUAGAUACAACAGCAACUGGAUAAAAGUGGAACGAACCAGAGAACAACAAACUCUUGAUUUGCACAUGGGCAUACCUUGGGAAACUGUUCAGCUGACAGCAUUUGGAAGAGACAAAAGCAUUUACUUCAACAUCCUUGAAGAAGCAAGGACAAUGGCCUUGAAGGAGCAUGAGGGAAAGACGAUAAUGUACACAGCAAUGGGAAGUGAAUGGAAACCUUUCGGACAUGCAAGGAAACGACGACCUUUAAACUCAGUGAUUCUGGAUGUUGGAGUGGGAGAGCGGAUUCUCAAUGAUUGCAGAGAAUUUAUCGACAAUCCUGGAUGGUAUAGCGAAAGAGGGAUCCCUUAUCGGAGGGGCUAUUUGCUUCAUGGUCCACCCGGCUGUGGCAAAUCAUCCUACAUAACGGCAUUAGCUGGUGAACUGGAGCGAGGCAUCUGCGUGUUAAAUUUGUCAGAACGUGGUCUUUCCGAUGACAGACUGAAUCAUUUGUUAGCUGUAGCUCCACAGCAAACAAUUAUUCUUCUUGAAGAUGUGGACGCUGCUUUCAUUAGUCGAGAGGAAUCAAAGGAAGUGAGAGCAGCGUUCGAUGGAUUGAAUAAAGUUACAUUUAGUGGCCUAUUAAAUUGCUUGGAUGGCGUAGCAUCUACAGAGGCAAGGAUUUUGUUCAUGACUACUAAUUACCUUGAAAGACUGGAUCCGGCCCUUGUCAGACCUGGUAGAGUUGAUGUUAAAGAAUACAUCGGUUGGUGUAGUGGUAGCCAAAUAGAACAAAUGUUCUUGAAGUUUUACAAAGUCCCAGGAAAAUCCACAGCAGAGUUAGCCUCCGAAUUUGCCAAAAGCGUAAUGGCUUUCAACCGGAAUGUCAGUCCUGCUCAAAUUCAAGGCUUCUUCAUGUUCCACAAGAAUGACCCUGAUUCAGUAAUCAAUAACGUAGCACAAAUAUGGGAACUCCAUUGAAAUAAUAGGUAAAUUCACACCAUGAGAUGGCUCAUUAUUUCGAAGAGUUUCCAGUACUACCAUGUACGAUCAACAUUACAAUAACCUUUGUGUACCUUUGCAAAAAUUAAAUGUCUACCCCCUUCUGUUCAUCGAAAAAAAACAAUUCGAGGAAAGGUAUUUGCUCUGAAGAAGGAAACUGGUUAUUAGUCAAUGUAAGUGAUCAAAAAUCGAACUAAUAAAUUUAUUGUUUUUAAUUGGUAGAAAUAAAUCGAUAGUUUUUAAAAACUGGUGACAAAA